AUGGUGACCCUAAGCGUUCUCACCUUUGAUUCGGAGGGCCGCCCGAUAGAGUUCGACUCUUGGCUCGAUAACUUACAACUAUUCUUACUGAGCGACUCUAAGGACGGUAUUUCGCUGUUUGACCUCACUUCUGGCGCCUCUGUCGCCCCUGCUGACAGAGCAGACAGUGGGACUCGCUCACAGUGGCUUACUCAGCUGUCCGCCUUUGCCACAGUAGCCAACCUCGUCACUCACCUUCGCACUAGUGACAUUCGCUACAGCGCUGCGAUUCCAGCCGAGUUUCUCGCCAAGAACCCUCCUCCCAUGUACAUCACUCUCUACUUCAUAGUCACACGCCUCCCCGACUCUCUUAGCGCUGUCAGGGACCUCCUUCUCGCCCUUGACCCCACCACCCUCAAUGUCGACCUUCUCGAGAAGCACCUCCUUGCAGCUGAGACUAUCAUAGUCGCUGUAGGCGCUUCUUGUGGCACUCCUCGCACUCCCUUCUUUGAGGGGUGUUCACCCUCCUCCCUUCUCCCCUCAGUCGCCUCUGCUGCUGCUGCUCACUACCUUCGUGCUGAGGAGGUAGGAGCUGCAUCUGCCCCUAGUGGGAGGCACCGCAACGGUAGGGGCAGGGGAGGCAGGGGCAGUGGGGGUGUCAGAGGUGGAGGCGGUGGUGGGAGCGGUGGAGGCGGUGGAGGGGGCGGCGGUGGCGGAGGGAGUGGUGGUGGGGGUGGAGGUGUAGGUGGCGGCGGUGGUGGCGGCUGUGGCGGUAGUGGCGGCGGCAGUGGGAGUGGAGGCGGUGGCAGUGGUGGCGGCCGGGGUGGUACCAGUCAGAGAGGAGGCCUUGGCGGUGGUCAGAGGCAGCAGCAGUAG